AUGUCCCUUCACUUUGUGAGAGCUCUCUGGUCCCCAAAUAACCCUAGGUUUGCCCCCCAUUUCCUAGCAUGUGCCUGGAGUUACCCAAAGCCCGGGUACCUUGGAAGAGAAGAUGUGAGAAACUGUUCAACCAAUCCACCGUACCUGCCAGUUACUGCGGUCAAUACAACAAUGCGGCUUGCAGCCCUCCGCCAACAGAUGCAGGCCCAGAAUCUCUCUGCCUACAUCAUCCCAGACACGGAUGCACACAUGAGUGAGUAUAUUGGCAAACAUGAUGAGAGGCGAGCGUGGAUUUCAGGCUUCACAGGGACUGCCGGUACUGCUGUGGUUACCAUGAAGAAAGCAGUUGUCUGGACUGAUAGUCGUUACUGGACACAGGCUGAGAGGCAGAUGGACUGCAACUGGGAACUCCAUAAGGAAGUUAGAAUUCCUGUAAUUGCCAAGUGGAUCCUUGCUGAAGUCCCUAGUGGAGGGCAUGUGGGCUUUGACCCCUUCCUCUUCUCUGUUGAUUCCUGGGAAGAUUAUGAGCUGGAAUUCCAAAACUCCAACAGACACCUGGACUCCAUUACAACCAACCUUGUCGACCAGGCAUGGGGGCCAGAGAGGCCCCCGAUGCCAAACCAACCCAUUUAUGCCCUACCAAAAGAAUUUACAGGGAGCACUUGGCAAGAAAAAGUAUCCAGUGUCCGAAACUUUAUGCAGAAGUACACCGUGGUUCCCACUGGUCUCCUUCUAUCAGCACUUGAUGAGACAGCCUGGCUCUUCAACCUUCGCAGCAGUGACAUACCCUAUAACCCCUUCUUCUACUCCUAUACACUGCUCACAGACUCUUCCAUCAGGUUGUUUGUCAACAAGAGUCGCUUUAGCCUUGAGACCCUGCAGUACUUGAAUACAAACUGCACAUUAUCCACGUGUGUGCAACUUGAGGACUACAGUCAAGUUCGUGACAGUGUGGAGGCCUAUGCCUCAGGCAAUGUGACAAUCUUGAUUGGGCUCAGCUAUACGACCUAUGGGCUCUAUGAAGUGAUACCCAAGGAAAAACUCGUGACAGACACCUAUUCCCCAGUGAUGCGAAUCAAGGCUGUAAAGAACAGCAAGGAGCAGGCCCUCUUGAAGAACAGCCACGUGCGGGAUGCUGUGGCUGUGAUCCAGUACUUGGUCUGGUUGGAGAAGAACGUGCCCAAAGGCACGGUGGAUGAGUUUUCUGGGGCAGAACACAUUGAUGAGUUACGACGAAAUGAAAACUCCUCUGGACCCAGUUUUGAAACCAUCUCUGCUAGUGGCCUGAAUGCUGCCCUGGCCCAUUACAGCCCAACCAAAGAGCUGCACCGCAAGCUGUCCACAGAUGAGAUGUACCUGGUGGAUUCCGGAGGACAAUACUGGGAUGGGACCACAGAUAUCACCAGAACAGUACAUUGGGGUACCCCUACUGCCUUCCAAAAGGAGGCCUAUACACGUGUGCUAAUGGGAAGCAUCGAUCUGUUCAGACUUGUCUUUCCUGCUGCUACAUCAGGGAGAGUGGUGGAAGCCUUUGCUCGAAGAGCCCUGUGGGAAGUUGGGCUCAAUUAUGGCCAUGGGACAGGCCAUGGCAUUGGCAAUUUCCUCUGUGUGCAUGAGUGGCCAGUGGGAUUCCAGUCUAACAACAUUGCUAUGGCCAAGGGCAUGUUCACUUCCAUUGAGCCUGGAUACUACAAGGAUGGGGAUUUUGGAAUCCGUCUUGAAGAUGUGGCCCUUGUGGUAGAAGCAAAGACCAAGUACCCAGGGACCUACCUGACUUUUGAAGUGGUUUCCUUUGUGCCCUAUGACCGAAACCUCAUCGAUGUCAGCCUGCUGACCCCAGAGCAGCUCCAGUACCUGAAUCGCUACUACCAGACCAUUCGUGAGAAGGUUGGCCCAGAGCUGCAGCGUCGUCAGCUGCUGGAGGAGUUUGCAUGGCUGGAGCAGCACACAAAGCCCCUGUCAGCCAGGGCCCCUCAGAGCACCUCCUUGACCUCUAUGUGGGUAGCCUUCAGUCUUGCCAUCCUCAGCUGGAGUAGUUAGAGGCCUCCAGUUCUCCUGCCAGCUGUUCGCUUAGGCUUGGGAAUCACUUGCUCCUGCUCAGCUCUCUUCCCUCUGUUGUUCCAAGAGCACCUGCUGGCCCUAUCACCUUGAAGCCACUGUCCUAAGCUUCCUCCAGAGCCAGAUCCCACACAGCCUAAUCUACCUUCUCCAAGAUGUGCAUAUCUCAUCGUAGAUUUCCAGCCCUGGGCCCUGGGAUGGUGGAGCCCAAAGUAAAGGACCUAUAGGGUAAUACCUCAAUCUAUAGGGCUCCAUAUCUCAGAGAGGUCCAUCCUAUCCCUACCCACUAGAGAGGCUCAGGGCUGUUCUCACCUACACUGACUCCAUACUUUUUAAGGCUGCCUCUGGUCACCCUUACCUACCCACAGGUCUAUGGUGGCCUCCCAGCUAUAGACUGUAGACUUGAAGGAAUGUGGCUCAAGUCUGUCUGCUCUAUUUGGAGAAGGAGGCGGCUGGAUGUUCUGGUCACAGACUACCACUCUAGUAUUGAGGAGCCUGGAACGCAACACUUCAGUCAGAAACGUGCAUCAGUCUUCUCCCCACAUGUGAACCCACAGCUCCUAAACCACCACUGUACUCCUUGACAAGUGAGCACACAAGAAGAAGUUAAGGCAUAGGACUUGGUGAAAUAGAAGAGGGAAUGGCAAGAUUUUCUGGAAUGUGGGGACCAACCUU